CAUUUUUUCUCGUCCAUAACCCUUAAUGUAGUAUAAUGUCAUGGCAACACAGGCGCUGCUUUCUGCGCGAGGUCGUCUGCUUCGAUGAUUGAUCUUAUUUGUAACGUAUUUGGCAUUUUGAAAUAAAUAUUGAGUGAUAGUGAUUUCGAUCACAGACAAAAGAAUCAUGCCCAUUUCAAAAAUUUCUCCAUGUUUUCAUCAUUAAAUGUUGAUAUUACGUGCAAGUAAAUUGUGAAAAUCUUUUAUUGUAUAGUAAAUUUUGAUGAAAUAAAAUGGUUGAACCAAUAUUCGACUAUCAGUUUCGCCUUAUUGUUGUUGGUGACAGUACUGUGGGCAAGAGUGCUCUACUUCGUUCAUUUACUGAAGGGAGGUUUACUGAAAUAUGUGAUCCUACUGUUGGUGUAGACUUUUUUGCUCGUCUCAUUGAGGUACAAGAUGGAGUGAGAGUGAAGCUGCAACUCUGGGAUACCGCAGGCCAGGAGCGUUUUAGGACUAUUACAUGGUCUUACUACAGAAAUUCAGUUGGAGCUUUACUAUUAUAUGAUAUAACAAGGCGAUCCACAUUUGAUCACCUAGUUGAAUGGCUGUUCGAAGCUAGAAGGCACAUCGAACCUGGACACGCAUUGUUCGAGGUUGUUGCAUGUAAAGUUGAUUUAGAAAACAACAGAGUUGUUUCAACUGAAGAAGGAAAAGCAUUUGCUGAUUCAUAUGGUUUAUCAUUUAUUGAAACUUCUGCCAAAACUGGUUAUAAUCUUGAAAAAGCUUUUACAAAUAUUGCCCAACAGAUUUAUGAAAAGAUUCAAAGUGGAGAAUUCAAAGUUGAAGAUGGCUGGGAUGGCAUAAGGACUGGUUUUAGUAGGUCUGCAAAUGCUGUCAACUUGAUGGAAGCAGAUGUGGAAAAAAAUCACUGUUGCUAGUGCAUUUUGUUAAUCAUUUAUCAAAGUUUUAACUUGUGUUCAUAAGGAUUAUAUUUUUUACAUUUUGCAUUGAUGUAAAUAGAGCUACACAAUUUCAUUUUAAGGUACUUGAUCAUACAAAAUGUAUGGUAUGUAGCUUUCAUGCUUUUAAUAAACAAG